ACAGUACCCUGCUUCCCGUCCAGUCGACCGGACACGCGCGGCACAGCCUACUCAUAAUUAUAAAUAACCGAUUUAGUCUGUUUUUAACAAACAUCCCAAUCUUUGGUAUCUUGAGUUUAUGUUGCGUUUAGUCAAUUCGAAGGUAGACAACUUUUUCAUCCAGACAAUAGGAUUCUUAAAAAUUGUCUAUUUAUCAAAAAAAGCUGGAAGCGGUGCUGUACAAUACUGAUAAUAUAGUUUUCUCAAUGAUUCGUUUGACAUUCACUGGGAGAGACCGUAUAUAGCCACAGCGCUGCUUAUUUCAUUAGUCGCAGGAGUCAAUGACAGUUUAUGCUUGAAAUAUUUCCGUAAUACAGCCUAUUUUUGGAGCGCAUCCUCUUUCCACAAUGGCCGAUGCAUCUGCAGAAUGCAACAUUAAGGUGCUAUGUCGUUUUCGUCCAUUGAAUCAAUCCGAAAUCGUUCGUGGAGACAAAUUCAUUCCAGCGUUCCAAGGAGAUGACACCGUCAUCCUCGGGGGGAGGUCCUAUGCGUUUGACCGAGUCUUCCCCACCAACACCACCCAGGAACAAGUCUACAACACCUGCGCCAAGCAGAUUGUUACAGAUGUGUUGGGGGGGUAUAACGGCACCAUCUUUGCCUACGGACAGACCUCCUCUGGGAAAACACACACCAUGGAGGGGAAGCUGCACGACCCUCAUGGCAUGGGCAUCAUCCCCAGGAUCGCAGACGACAUCUUCAGUCACAUCUUCUCCAUGGACGAGAACCUGGAGUUUCACAUCAAGGUGAGUCAUUUUGAGAUCUACAUGGACAAGAUCAGAGACCUGCUUGAUGUGACGAAGACCAACCUUGCGGUGCAUGAAGACCGGAAUCGUGUUCCAUAUGUGAAGGGUUGCACUGAGCGUUUUGUGUCCAGUCCGGAAGAAGUGAUGGACCUCAUUGACGAGGGCAAAGCCAACCGUCAUGUCGCUGUUACCAACAUGAACGAGCACAGCUCCCGCAGUCACAGCAUCUUCCUGAUCAGCAUCAAGCAGGAACAUGUGGAGACGGAACAGAAGCUGUGUGGGAAACUUUACCUGGUGGACCUGGCUGGCAGUGAGAAGGUCAGUAAGACAGGAGCGGAGGGAGCAGUGUUGGAUGAAGCCAAGAACAUCAACAAGUCUCUGUCAGCACUGGGGAACGUCAUCUCUGCCCUGGCUGAGGCAACGAAGAGCCAUGUUCCCUACAGGGACAGUAAGAUGACCAGGAUCCUGCAGGACUCUCUGGGGGGGAACUGCAGGACCACCAUGUUCAUCUGCUGCUCCCCCUCUUCCUACAACGACGCAGAGACCAAGUCCACGCUGCUGUUCGGACAACGGGCUAAGACCAUCAGGAACAGCGCCUCGGUGAACCUGGAGCUGACAGCUGAGCAGUGGAAGGGGAAGUAUGAGAAGGAGAAGGAGAGGAACGCGGCUCUGAGAGAGAAACUGCUCUCCCUGGAGACCCAGCUGACACGCUGCAGACACCGCUCAGGGGAGGAGUCUCCAGAGGAGCAGCAGAGUCUGGGAGCAUCAGCCAACAAGGACACGCCCCUUGACAUCUCUAGCCCUGCCCCCACCCCCUGUAUCCCCGCCCCCAGAAUGCCCAGCCCCGCCCCCAGAAUUCCCAGCCCCGCCCCCAGCCCGUGUAGCCCCGCCCCCAGCCUGUGUAGCCCCUCCUCCAUCGUGGUGCGUAUCUCAGAGGAGGAGAGGCAGAAGUACGAGGAGGAGAUACGCAGGCUGUACAAGCAGCUGGACGACAAGGAUGAUGAGAUCAACCAUCAGAGCCAGCUGGUUGAGAAACUGAAGGAACAGAUGUUGGACCAGGAAGAGGUGCUGGCGUCGUCCCAGGGGGCGGGGGAGAAGGUGCAGGUGGAGCUGGCCGGUCUGCAGCAGGAGAGUGAGUGUGCCCGGGCGGAGGUGAGGGAGGUGCUGCAGGCUCUGGAGGAGCUGGCCGUCAGCUACGACCAGAAGAGCCAGGAGGCGGAGCAGAAGAGUCAGCAGAACAAGCUGCUGGCCGAGGAACUGGCCAGGAAGAUGGCUCACCUCGUUACCGUGGAGAAGGAGCUGUCUCGUAUCCAGGAAGCGAGCGGACUGCAGAGGAAGCGCAUCGCCGAGGUGCUGAACAGCCUGAUGAAGGACCUGAGCGAGUUCAGCGGCAUCGUGGGUAACAAGGAGAUCAUGUUGCCCGUGGAGGUGUCGGGGGCGGUGGAGGAGGAGUUCAGCGGCGCUCGUCUCUACCUGUCCAGGGUGAAGUCAGAGGUGAAGUCGAUGGUGCGGCGCUGCAGGCAGCUGGAGAAGCUGCAGCAAGAGUGUCACCGCAAGAUGGAGGAGACCGGGAGAGAGCUGUCCUCCUGCCAGCUGCUCAUUUCACAGCAUGAAGCAAAGAUCCGCUCUCUGACAGAGUACAUGCAGAACGUGGAUCUGAAGAGGAGACAGCUGGAGGACAGCUACGAUGCUGUGACUGAGGAGCUCCUCAGACUGCAGACCCAGGGUGUUUCCGAGGCAACCAGCGGGAAACAGACAGACACUCUGGACUCUACAGAUGGCAAGGAUCUUCACCACAAGCAGCUGGGUCGUCUACGAGACGAGAUCAAUGAGAAGCAGAAGAUCAUAGAUGACCUGACUGAUCGUAACCAGCGGGUGGCGCUGCAGCUGGAUCACCUGAGGACUGAGUUUGAGCGCCUCAGGACCCAGGACCACCUGAAGAGCCUUCAGCUGGAGGAGCUCACAUUUCUCCAUGAACGUCACGAGCAGUCGAAGCAGGAUCUUAAAGGGCUGGAGGAGACUGUGGCCCGUGAACUCCAGACCCUCCAUAACUUGAGAAAGCUUUUUGUUCAAGACCUCACGACUCGGGUCAAAAGAAGUUCAGAGGGGGGUGCUGAUGACAGUGGGGGCUACAGCACUCAGAAGCAGAAGAUCUCCUUCCUGGAGAACAACCUGGACCAGCUUACAAAGGUUCACAAACAGCUGGUGCGUGACAAUGCUGACCUGCGCUGUGAGCUCCCCAAGCUGGAGAAGCGUCUGCGCUCCACGGCGCAGCGCGUGCGAGCCCUGGAGGAGGCCCUGAAGGAGGCCAAGGAGACCUCCAUGAAGGAGCGCAGGAGGUACCAGCAGGAGGUGGAGAGGAUCAAGGAGGUGAUGAGGGCCAGGAACCCCCUCCGCCGGCCCCACGCAGCGCUGAUAGCUAAGCCAGUGCGUCCAGGCCACUAUCCAGUCUGCUCUCCUUCCAACCACCUGUUUCUACGCAACUCUGAUCAACCAAUCACGUUCAGCAACACUCUGUUCCAGGGCCCCGCCAAGCCCGCCGCCCCAGUAGAUUCAAUCAGUGCACCCAACCCCACCCCGGCUGACCCCACCCAGGGUGACACCAACCCAGACAGCCACACUCAGAACAAGCCCACUCAAAGUAAUCUUACUGAAUCUGACUCCAGCCAGAGUGACACCAACCCAAACAGCCAGAAUCAAAACAAGCAUACCCAACCAAACCCCAACAUCCAAACCAGCAGGGGCACAGAGGGGGCUGUGGAGGAGACCAUCAGCUCUGCUGAGAAACUGGACAUGGACAACGGAAACACCAUAGACAUCAAUGACAACAGCGUGUCUCUCAGCAUGACCUCUGCGACCCUCUGCGACCUCCAGACGUGAUGCGCAGCUCUGCGACAGUCCAGGACCCUCGUCCCAGCGUUACGUCCAAUCAGAGGCCAGGGCCAGCUAAUGGCCACCCUCUCCAGGUUCCAAAGCCUCCUUUGUAAAUCUGCAUGCAGCUGAUCAUUGUUGUCCCCCCCUCCUAUCUCCUCCCUCCCCCCCCAUCUCCCCCAUCCCCUCCUUCCCCCCAUCCCCCUCUGAUUAAAGGAGGGAGGGAGAGGAGGGGUGCAGUACUAGGUUUAACCACUAGGGAUAGAGAGGGUGCAGUACUAGGUUUAAACCACUAGGGAUAGA